GAGAGAGAGAGAGAGACAGAAUGAGAGCUUUGAAUUCUCAUUUUGUGUUAAUUGAUCUCCGCAGCUCAUGGAAUUCAGCUACUCAAAUUCCCACUUCAGCCUUUGAUUACAUUCAAAGGUCUUACUUUGACACUUUCUCUUUCUCAGCGGCGGCAUUUCGUCGAAAGCGUCGUGGGAUUAGGCAAAUCUCUUCGUCUAGAUCUUCUGUCCCAUCGAUGCGGUCCCCGGAAAUUCGUCGGCCGCGUGACUGGUCCACCCCCGGAAAUGGGUUAUCGUUAGUUUCUUCAAAUUCUGCUUCGACUUCGAGUUCUCGGUCGGAGGUAGUUUCUGAGCUGGACUUGUUUCUUGAAUUGGUGCCUUCGAAGAUGAAGAAUGAGCUUUUUAGGCAUGAGGAGAUUGAUCAUUUGAUUGAGGUUGUUAUGGAUUUGGGUAGGAAGCCUCUUGCUAGGUUUCCUACGGGGGAUUGUGUGAUCUCGGAACAAGCUGUGAAGCUUGAGGACCUGCAGCACGCAAUCUCAAAGGUGGGUGAUUUUUCGGAUGACAACCGUUCGGGGAUAGAUCAUUCCCUCCAUCGUAUAAGUGCUAUUCGAAACCGUAAAAUGCAAAUUAUUGGCCUCACUUGUCGGGUAGGCCGAGCUGUAUCUGGAAGUGCUGAAAUCAUACGCGACUUGGUUGAAGGGGGAGGUUCCAUCUUGGUUAUAGGACCUCCAGGAGUCGGCAAAACAACCUUAAUCAGAGAAAUAGCUAGAAUGCUGGCAGAUGAGCUCAACAAACGUGUUGUAAUUGUAGAUACAUCCAAUGAGAUUGGAGGUGAUGGAGAUGUCCCUCAUUCUGGCAUAGGUCGUGCAAGAAGGAUGCAAGUUCCAAAUGUUAAUAUGCAGCAUAAUGUGAUGAUUGAAGCAGUUGAAAAUCAUAUGCCUGAAACCAUAAUAAUCGAUGAAAUAGGUACAGAGCUUGAAGCAUUGGCAGCCAGUACAAUUGCGCAGAGAGGAGUUCAGCUUGUAGGAACGGCUCAUGGAAUGACAAUAGAAAACAUAAUAAAAAAUCCGUCUCUGCAGAUCCUUGUUGGUGGCAUAGAGAGUGUUACUCUUGGUGACGAGGAAGCAAGGAAAAGGAAAGUGCAGAAGACAAUUCUUGAAAGGAAAGGGCCUGCUACAUUUACGUGUGCUGUUGAGAUGAUAUCUAGAACUGAGUGUCGUGUCCAUCACAGAUUGGAUGCAACUGUAGAUGCUAUAUUGGCAGGAAAAUCUCCACUCUUUGAAGUCCGAUGCAUGGAUGCUGAAGCUAAUACUAGAUUGGGGUCAACUCCAACAACCAAAAAGAACCAUGUUGAAGAGCCUGAGCUGCCUAAUAUUGAAGACAGGAGGGCUAAAGUUGUGUCCGACAAGGAAAUUGAAGAUCGUUCUCCCAAUUUCAAGAAAGUGAUCACUGUUAGAUCUGUGAGCAAGAGGAGCUCCCCGGUGUUUGUUUAUACGUAUAAGAUCCUGGAAGCUGAUCUAAUGCAAGUAGCAACAGUCAUGGGACUUGAGGAUGAAAUAGAUGUAACAGAUGACAUUGGUGCUGCAGAUGCUAUUCUAGCAUCUAGUUCUGAAAUGAAGCAGAACCCUUGGAUCCGUGUUGUUGCCAAAUUCCACCAGUUGCCUGUAUUUGUCAUCAAGUCAAGUACAAUGGCACAGAUGGUAAAGGCCGUGCGCAUGAUUCUUGGAAUGGAUUCCUUUGGAUCAAUUUCAAAACUGCCCCUCGAAAGCUCUUCUGACAUCGAAAUUGAAGAUGAUGAACCAAAAAGAAAACCAUCAUUGGAGGAGAUUGAUGCCUUGGAGGAGGUUCGACUUGCAAUUGAGUAUAUAGUCAUUCCUGGUGGUGAGCCUGUGGAGCUUCUUCCGAGACGCUCUGAGAUAAUUGCGCGACAACUAGAGCUCGUGGAAAGUUAUCAGCUAGCCGCGGAGAAUUCAGGCACGGAGCUGAAUCCCAGGUUGCAAAUUCUUCCCCAGAAGUUGACCAAGAAAACUUCCCGGAAACACACCCAAUCUAGUUCAAGUUUACAAAUGGAUGGAAGCUUUAAAUCAUUAGCUGGUGGUGGUGGGGGUAAUGGUGUUGCUCGACUGCCUCUCUUGCCUGAAUAAUCUGACAAUAUAUCUCCAAGUGUAACAUAUUUCAACCUUGGUUGAUACAUGUCACUUAUCAUGUACAGUCUCUUUGUAACCACAACAAAUUUAUGUAUCCAACAUAAGUGUAAUUAUUCAACCAUGUUUAUUUUAUGCAAUUUGUCCCC